CAUAUUUCUUACACAAUUUUUUUAAUUAAAAAUUUACCGUUUUUUUUCACUACCAAUUGAUUAAAUUAGUUUUUAGCUCAAGGCUAGCAACGAUGCAUGGGCAGGGUCAAGGUCGUAUUACACAUUUGCUGUAGAUAGGCUGCUCUGGUGUCAAUACCUCAUAUACAUCGAAAUUCAUAAUUCCGGCACGCGACGCCGAAGUGAGCGGUCGCGACGUUUCAACAUUCUCGUUUUUUAAAUUGCCUCAGUUUGUGUUUUUCUCUAGGAGUGAUCAACCGGCUAACAAAAGAUGUUGAAGGUUUUAACAAUCAUCGUUGCUCUGAUUGCAAUUGCGAGUUAUGGAUUCAUAAGUUAUCUUCAGCAAACGCCUGAACUACCUAAAAUUGAUUACGAUCGGUGGUGGGGCAAUGGACCAAAAGUUGCCGAAGACACGGCGGUUCGGCCGUUCAAAAUUGAAUUUAACGAUACGAUGAUAGCAGAUUUGAAGUCUAGGUUAAAAAACAGGCGUCCGUUGACAAAACCUUUGGAAGGUAUAAAGUCAGAAUAUGGAAUAAACACGAUAUAUUUAGAGAAGGUUUUAAACUAUUGGGUUGAAAAAUACGAUUUUAAAGAGAGAGCCAACAACUUAAAUCAGUUGCCGCGUUACAAGACACGCAUUCAAGGAUUAGAUAUACAUUUUAUAAGAAUGAAACCUAAAGUGCAAGGAGUGAAGACGUUGCCCCUACUAAUGUUACACGGAUGGCCAAGUUCUUCUAAAGAGUUCCAGAAAGUUAUACCUUUGUUAACUACCCCAAGAACUGGACACGACUUUGUGUUCGAAGUAAUAGCUGCGGAUUUGCCCGGCUAUGGUUUCUCCGAGGGCACGAAUAAGCCAGGUCUCUCUGCUCUCCACAUCGGAGUCAUAAUGAGGAAUCUCAUGCGACGCCUCGGUUACAACCAGUUCUACAUACAAGCCGGCGAUUGGGGAUCGAAUGUUGCCACUCACAUGGUCACUGUUUUCCCGGAUGAGAUAUUAGGAUUCCACACCAACAUGCCAAUGUCCGCAAGACCUUACAGUUAUUUGAAACUAUUCCUCGGAUCUUUCGUGCCCACAUUCGUAGUGGAUCCGAAGCACGCGCACAGAAUAUACCCGCUGUCAAAUUACAUCUCGUACAUAUUAAGAGAAAGCGGAUAUUUUCACAUACAAGCCACCAAGCCAGAUACCAUCGGCGUUGGCUUAACUGAUUCCCCUGCGGGUAUGGCAGCUUACGUGAUGGAGAAGAUCGGCGUGUGCACGAACAGGGACCAGACAAACACGGACCACGGUGGUCUCGCCGGCUUGGAACUGGAGGACGUACUCGAUACGCUCACCAUCAUAUGGAACAACAACUGCAUUGUCACCUCCUCCAGACUGUACGCUGAGGGUUUUAGCAAGGAGACCAAGAUUAUUGAUAACAUUCCAACAAAAGUGCCCACCGCUGCCGUCAAUUUCCGCUACGAAGUCGUGUACCAUCCGGACUGGAUGCUGAGAGACAAGUUCCACAAUCUAGUUCAUUCAACUAUUCAUGAUUUCGGCGGACAUUUUGCCGGCUUACAAACACCUAAAGAGCUUGCUGACGACAUUUUCCUAGGAAUGACUGCCAUUUUAGAGUUCCACAAGAAAGAAACGUAAAAACUGUUUUGUAGGUUCUUUCAUUUAGUUUGAAAUGUAUUUGUAUCCAAUGAUCAAAAAAUAAAUGAGCUUAUUAAAUGAUAAUUUCAUUAGUUCGUUGUGAGCAUGUUAUGAUGUAAUGCUAAUUACGUUUAUGAAAUUACAUAGAUAUGUAAUGAUUGUAUAAUAUUCAAGCGACUGAUGUACGAAACAACUAAGCUACGUUACUUACUAGUUAUUUAAAUGUACUAUCAAUUUUUCAUUUUAAAGGUAUGUAAAUAAUAAAGCAAAACCUAUAAAACA